CCACCCCUGAACCCAGGGAGGAGACUCAGCAUAAAUACCAGCCCCUCUCCUUGACAGCAAGGGACCAGCAGCUCUGCUUCUCCAGACCUCAGGAUGAAGCUUCUCAUGGGCCUUGUGUUCUGUUCCUUGGUCCUGGGAGUCAGUGGACGCUGGUUUUCUUUCAUUGGUGAGGCUGCUAGAGGGGCUGGGGACAUGUGGCGAGCCUACUCUGACAUGAGGGAAGCCAACUGGAAGAACGCAGACAAGUACUUCCACGCUCGAGGGAACUAUGACGCUGCCCAAAGGGGACCUGGGGGAGCCUGGGCUGCUGAAAAGAUCAGCAAUGCCAGAGAGAACAUUCAAAGGUUAUUGGGCCAUGGACACGAGGACUCCAUGGCUGACCAGGAAGCCAACAGAUGGGGCCGCAGUGGCAAAGACCCCAACCACUUCAGACCUGCUGGCCUCCCAGACAAGUACUGAGCUUCCUCCGGAUUGCCUCGGGAGGCUGGGCUGUGGGUCCCUGAGACCAGAAGCUGGAGUUCUUCAGGCCUGUGAACACAAAAACAGAUGUAUAAUAAAACUAUAUAUAAGUGAUGAA